UCAGGCUGCCCAGAUGCGGGCGCCACUCUGCCUGCUCCUGCUCGUCGCCUACGCCGUGGACAUGCUGGCGCUGAACCGAAGGAAGAAGCAAGUGGGCACUGGCCUGGGGGGCAACUGCACAGGCUGUAUCAUCUGCUCAGAGGAGAACGGCUGUUCCACCUGCCAGCAGAGGCUCUUCCUGUUCAUCCGCCGGGAAGGCAUCCGCCAGUACGGCAAGUGCCUGCACGACUGUCCCACUGGGUACUUCGGCAUCCGCGGCCAGGAGGUCAACAGGUGCAAAAAAUGUGGGGCCACUUGUGAGAGCUGCUUCAGCCAGGACUUCUGCAUCCGGUGCAAGAGGCGGUUUUACUUGUACAAGGGGAAGUGUCUGCCUACCUGCCCGCCGGGCACUUUGGCCCACCAGAACACACGGGAGUGCCAGGGGGAGUGUGAACUGGGUCCCUGGGGCGGCUGGAGCCCCUGCACACACAACGGAAAGACCUGCGGCUCGGCUUGGGGCCUGGAGACCCGGGUACGAGAGGCUGGCCGGGCUGGGCAUGAGGCGACAGCCACCUGCCAGGUGCUUUCUGAGUCAAGGAAAUGUCCCAUCCAGAGGCCCUGCCCAGGAGAGAGGAGCCCCGGCCAGAAGAAGGGCAGGAAGGACCGGCGCCCACGCAAGGACAGGAAGCUGGACCACAGGCUGGAUGUGAGGCCGCGCCAGCCCAGCCUACAGCCCUGACCGCCGGCUCUCCCGGCUCUCCUGGCUCUCUGGUCCUAGUUCUCGGCUCCUGCACACCUCCUCCUGCUCCUUCUCCUCCUCUCCUCUUACUCUUUCUCCUCCAUCUUCUCCAUUUGUCCUCUCUUUCUUUCCACCCUUCUAUUAUUUUUCUGUCAGUCUACCUUCCCUUUCUUUUUCUUUUUUAUUUCCUUUAUUUCUUCCACCUCCAUUCUCCUCUACUUUCUCCCUCCCUCCUUCCCUUCCUUCCUCUUCUUUCUCACUUAUCUUUUAUCUUUCUUUUUCUUUCUUCCUGUGUUUCUUCCUGUCCUUCACCGCAUCCUUUUCUCUCUCUCCCUCCUCUUCUCUCCCUCUCACACACACUUUAAGAGGAACCAUGAGCCUGUGCCCUCCCUGCAGCUCUCUCUAUCUACAACUUAAAGAAAGCAAACAUCUUUUCCCAGGCCUUUCCCUGACCCCAUCUUUGCAGAGAAAGGGUUUCCAGAGGGCAAAGCUUGGGCACAGCAGGGUUGAGUCCUGAAGGCCCUGCUUCUGCUCUGGGGGAGGCUCCAGGACCCUGAGCUGUGAGCACCUGGUUCUCUGGACAGUCCCCAGAGGCCAUUUCCACAGCCCUCAGCCACCAGCCACCCCGAGGAGCUGGCUGGACAAGGCUCCAGGGCUUCCAGAGGCCUGGCCUGGACACCUCCCCUAGCUGGCUGUGGAGGGCCAAGACCUGGCCUCUGGCUGGGCAGCCAACCCUGGGCCAGCCAGGUCAUCCUCUGCAAGCUGCCUGCCACCCUCAUCAGCACUCCCCCACAGGCCUCCCUCUCAUGGGUCCCAUGCCCCUUUUUCCAAGCUGGAUCAGAUGAGCUGUCACUGCUGGGGGAUCCACCUGCCCAGCCCAGAAGAGGCCAUUGAAGCAGAAAGGAAAGCUGAGAUUAUCCAGCAGCUCUGUUCCCCACCUCAGCGCCUCCUGCCCAUGUGGGGAAACAGGCCUGAGAAGGAAGGGGCUUGCCCAGGGUCACACAGGAAGCCUUCAGGCUCUGCUUCUACCUGACGGCUCUGCUCAGCACAUUCACGGCUGAGAGGAGAAUUUGGGGGUCACUUGAGGGGGGAAAUGUAGGGAAUUGUGGGUGGGGAGCAAGGGAAGAUCUGUGCACUCGCCCACACC